GGAUUCGAGUCCCAGAUAUGGCCGACAAUCAGCACUAGGCACUGAUUAUGAGACAUCUCAAUGUCGCGCUCAUCGUUGGCAUCGCUUUGAUAUUUCUAAUCCUAAAUAUUUAUGGAUUCAUUGAAAUUCUGCGAUUUCUUCGAAACACACAGCAUCCGAAACAUAUUCUUGUGGAGGAGGAGCUGAGCGAGCAUCAGGAUGCCUUGGCCGCGAGUCCAUCACCUAAGCCGAUUUCAACAACCGGUGCAAGCAUUCCAAAAAGAGUCCACUCCAGAACAAGGGCGAGAAUCGUCCCCUCACGGAUUACACUGCCCAGCAGACAACCAACACGAGCACCUUUAUCAAGAAAGCUCUGGCCUGUUCCAACCCGAACGCCGCUAACGCGACCAACUCCUUCAAGGAUCACACUAUCGAGGACAACGACCUCCACACCGACACUACCUCCAGAGACAACUGCUCAGGACAGCACCAGUGGCAGGACCACGAACGGAAUUGAGCAGACAUCUGUACAGUGGUAUCGACCGCAAACACAUGAACGCCCACGGGUUCCACAUCAUCAUCGACACCACCACAUAAAUGUACAUAAACUUCAUCCACAUAUAAUUCAGACUACAACUCCAACUACCACAACCUCAUCUACAGCGCCUUCUACAACCAAAUCCACGACAACAACGCGGAUCCAUGUCACUACAAACCGGAUACAUGUGCCUGUACCUACCACAGUUCGACCUCGGAUUGAAAUUCAGCGUCCACCAGCGACUACCACCGCACGUUAUGACAAAAUCAUCACUUACAAGACCUCAGGGUCCAGUCCUCCACGGGUUUUUAACACACAUCGUCCACCACAUACCAGGCCACCCACUACGACAACGCCACCUGCAGAAGGGGACGACUUUACUAUUGUCACUGCCUUGAUGGAUAUCGGACGAGGUGAUUGGGACAGGUAUCGUCGACCACUGGAACAAUAUCACAUAUUUAUGGAGAACCUAUUGUCUCUCCAGAAUAACAUGGUGAUAUUUACGGAUACCUCAAGCUACGAUUUUAUCCACAAGUACAGGAAAAACAUGGGUCAAAUGCAUCGAACAAAGAUCCACAAGAUCACCCUGCAAGAUCUUCCACUUGCUCGUCAUCUCGAUGCUGCCAACAGAAUCAUCGAAGGUGAACGACGAGACGAGCGCCUCUGGCGAUCCAUCUGGGAUCCAGCAAUGAGAGACCAUCCAGAAGCAAGAAGCGGAGAGUAUAACGUGCUCGUUAACUCUAAAACUUACUUCCUCUACAACACAACGUUAGAGGACCCCUUUUCCACGGAGUUUUUCGUGUGGAUUGAUGCCGGCUAUGGACACGGUAAUCAAAGUGUUUUUCCAUAUGAUAACAAAUGGAAACCACACUUCCCAAGAAAUAAGAUCUCAUUGAUAAAACUGACACCCGUGCACGACCCCGUCACUGGUUACACAAUUGACAGCUUGUAUCGACGGAAUUGGUCGGUGAUUUCGGGUGGAUUCGUAGCAGGAGACAAACGGUCUAUCGGACAACUACACACACUUGUCCACCGUAAAUUCAUCGAGCUCACAUAUCGAAACAAAGUUGACGACGAUCAGACAAUCCUUGUUCUCGUGAUCAAUCAACAUCCACACCUCUUUUCUAUCACUCACGGUGACUGGUUCGAUGCUUUCCGGUUAUUCGGGCAAAAAUCAAAUUAUUGACAUUUGAGAACAUUUAUGUAGUUGUAGCCCGUCGUUAUAGCCUAUCUAGUAAUUCACUAUCAUUUGCAUCUCCUCUAUCUCCUGCGAUCUUCUAGUCUUUCCCUUAUGCUCUUAAAUUUAUCUCACCUCUACUAGGCAUUUUAUUUGUAGCGUUCUACGCAACAAAAUUAUACUCUGUGAUUGAAACGUGUAGCAUUGGAAACACUUCUACUCCACUGCCUUUCUAGAUGAUUCGAUUGUAUUAUAAUAUAGGAUUAUUUCAUUAUUUCACUGCUGCAAAUCAAUGCCUCUGAUAAGCCUGCCGAGUCAGAUGUAAC